ACGUUGGGAGCUGACGCGCAUGCGCACAGCCGUCCGCUCCUGGUUCGACACCCCUUUUGCUUCUUGGCCAGAGGCAUCGAUUGGGACCCAAGGGCGGAGCAAUGAUGGUUGUAGGCACGGGCACAUCGCUGGCACUCUCCUCGCUCCUGUCCCUGCUGCUCUUCGCGGGGAUGCAGAUGUACAGCCGCCAACUGGCCUCCACCGAGUGGCUCACCAUUCAAGGGGGCCUACUGGGCUCCGGCCUGUUCGUCUUCUCCCUCACUGCCUUCAAUAACCUGGAGAACCUCGUCUUUGGCAAAGGAUUCCAAGCCAAGAUCUUCCCCGAGAUUCUCAUCUGCCUCUUGCUGGCGCUCUUUGCAUCUGGCCUCAUCCACCGGGUCUGCGUCACCACCUGCUUCAUUUUCUCCAUGGUGGGACUGUACUACAUCAACAAGAUCUCCUCCACGCUGUACCAGGCCACGGCGCCCAUCCUCGCACCAGCCAAGGUCACAGGCAAGGGCAAGAAGAGAAACUGAGUCCAUGUAUUCAAUAAAGUCUAUUCUUUGUA